GGCGCACGGCGUGGGUAGCGGCCAGACGUCGUCAGAGGAAGGCUGAAAAAGCUCUAGGUGCUGCGGUUGCCUGUAGAAGUCGGACUUGUAGCCGGAGCUGCGCGUCUGAAGAGGUUUCGGACAGCGAACUCAGUGCCGAGGUGCGGGAGCCUGCUGGGUGCCCGCCCCUGCCCUCGUCGCGGUGAUGGAGCCGGCCACCGCGUCGCCCUCAGGCCCGCGCCCGGCACUGCCCCUCGGGGGCCCGGGCCCGCUGGGCGAGUUCCUGCCUCCUCCCGAGUGUCCGGUCUUCGAGCCCAGCUGGGAAGAGUUCGCGGACCCCUUUGCAUUCAUCCACAAGAUCCGGCCCAUAGCCGAGCAGACUGGGAUCUGCAAGGUGCGGCCGCCGCCGGAUUGGCAGCCACCAUUUGCCUGUGAUGUUGAUAAACUUCAUUUUACUCCACGAAUUCAGAGGCUAAACGAAUUGGAGGCCCAAACUCGUGUAAAACUGAACUUCCUGGACCAGAUUGCAAAGUAUUGGGAGUUACAGGGAAGUACUCUGAAGAUUCCACAUGUGGAGAGGAAGAUCUUAGACUUGUUUCAGCUAAAUAAGUUAGUUGCAGAAGAAGGCGGUUUUGCAGUUGUUUGCAAGGAUAGAAAAUGGACCAAAAUUGCCACCAAGAUGGGGUUUGCGCCUGGUAAAGCUGUGGGCUCACACAUCAGGGGCCAUUAUGAGCGAAUACUCAAUCCAUACAACUUAUUCCUGUCUGGAGACAGUUUGAGGUGUCUGCAGAAGCCUAACCUGACCUCAGACACAAAGGACAAGGAGUACAAACCCCAUGAUAUUCCCCAGAGGCAGUCUGUACCACCCUCAGAAACAUGUCCUCCAGCCCGCCGAGCAAAGCGAAUGAGAGCAGAGGCCAUGAAUAUUAAAAUAGAACCAGAAGAGCCAGCAGAAGCCAGAACUCAUAAUCUGAGACGCCGAAUGGGUUGUUCAACUCCAAAAUGUGAAAAUGAGAAAGAAAUGAAAAUUAACAUCAAGCAAGAACCCAGUGAGAAGAAAGACUAUAUUUUAGAAAGUGAGAAAGAAAAACCCAAGAGUCGAUCUAAGAAAGCCACCAAUGCUGUGGAUCUGUAUGUCUGCCUCUUAUGUGGCAGUGGCAGUGAUGAAGACCGGCUCCUCUUGUGUGAUGGCUGUGAUGACAGUUACCAUACCUUUUGCUUGAUUCCACCGCUCCAUGAUGUUCCCAAGGGAGACUGGAGGUGUCCUAAGUGUUUGGCUCAAGAAUGUAGUAAGCCACAAGAAGCAUUUGGCUUUGAGCAAGCAGCCAGGGACUAUACUCUUCGUACUUUUGGGGAAAUGGCAGAUGCGUUCAAAUCUGAUUAUUUCAACAUGCCAGUUCAUAUGGUUCCCACAGAGCUGGUAGAGAAAGAAUUUUGGCGACUGGUGAGCACUAUUGAAGAAGAUGUCACAGUGGAAUAUGGAGCUGAUAUUGCUUCAAAGGAGUUUGGCAGUGGUUUUCCUGUCCGAGAUGGAAAAAUCAAACUUUCCCCUGAGGAAGAGGAGUAUCUUGAUAGUGGCUGGAAUCUGAACAAUAUGCCAGUGAUGGAACAGUCUGUCCUUGCUCAUAUUACUGCUGACAUUUGUGGCAUGAAACUCCCUUGGUUGUAUGUGGGAAUGUGCUUUUCUUCCUUCUGUUGGCAUAUUGAAGACCACUGGAGCUAUUCAAUCAACUACCUGCACUGGGGUGAGCCAAAAACCUGGUAUGGAGUCCCAGGGUAUGCUGCGGAACAGCUAGAAAAUGUAAUGAAGAAACUAGCUCCAGAGCUCUUUGUGUCCCAGCCAGAUCUUCUCCACCAGCUUGUGACCAUCAUGAACCCCAAUACUCUGAUGACUCAUGAAGUGCCUGUUUAUCGAACGAAUCAGUGUGCUGGGGAGUUUGUGAUUACAUUUCCAAGAGCCUACCACAGUGGUUUUAACCAAGGAUUCAAUUUUGCUGAGGCUGUUAACUUCUGCACUGUUGAUUGGCUUCCAUUGGGCAGACAAUGUGUCGAACAUUAUCGCUUGCUACACCGUUACUGUGUCUUUUCCCACGAUGAAAUGAUCUGUAAAAUGGCUUCCAAAGCUGAUGUAUUAGAUGUUGUAGUGGCUUCCACUGUUCAGAAGGACAUGGCCAUUAUGAUUGAGGAUGAAAAAGCUUUAAGGGAAACCGUACGUAAAUUGGGAGUAAUUGAUUCGGAAAGAAUGGAUUUUGAGCUGUUGCCAGAUGAUGAACGGCAGUGUAUAAAAUGCAAGACUACGUGCUUCAUGUCUGCCAUCUCCUGCUCUUGUAAACCUGGCCUGCUUGUUUGUCUUCAUCACGUAAAAGAAUUAUGUUCCUGCCCCCCUUAUAAAUAUAACCUUCGGUAUAGAUACACUCUGGAUGAUCUCUAUCCUAUGAUGAAUGCAUUGAAACUUCGAGCAGAGUCUUACAAUGCGUGGGCCUUGAAUGUGAAUGAAGCUUUGGAAGCAAAGAUCAAUAAGAAGAAAAGUCUUGUCAGCUUUAAAGCGCUAAUUGAAGAAUCAGAAAUGAAGAAAUUCCCAGACAAUGAUCUUUUGCGCCACCUUCGCUUAGUCACACAGGAUGCAGAGAAGUGUGCCUCUGUUGCCCAGCAGUUGCUCAAUGGCAAAAGACAAACUAGAUACCGAUCUGGUGGAGGAAAAUCUCAAAAUCAGUUGACAGUAAAUGAACUCCGACAGUUUGUGACUCAGUUGUAUGCUCUUCCAUGUGUUCUCAGUCAAACACCUUUACUAAAGGAACUCUUGAAUCGUGUAGAAGAUUUCCAACAGCAUAGCCAGAAACUACUCAAUGAGGAAAUGCCUAGUGCUGCUGAGCUGCAAGACUUGCUAGAUGUCAGCUUUGAAUUCGAUGUUGAACUUCCACAGCUUGCUGAGAUGCGUAUUCGCCUAGAACAGGCUCGAUGGCUAGAAGAGGUGCAACAAGCUUGCAUAGACCCCAGUUCCCUUACUUUAGAUGAUAUGAGACGCCUCAUAGAUUUAGGGGUAGGGCUGGCUCCAUAUUCAGCAGUGGAGAAAGCUAUGGCCCGCCUACAAGAACUGCUUACAGUGUCAGAGCACUGGGAUGACAAAGCCAAGAGUCUUCUUAAGGCAAGACCCCGGCAUUCCCUCAGCAGCCUUACUUCGGCAGUGAAGGAAAUUGAGGAGAUCCCUGCAUAUCUGCCCAAUGGUGCAGCCCUAAAAGAUUCAGUGCAGAGAGCCAGAGACUGGCUUCAAGAUGUAGAGGCUUUGCAGGUGGGAGGACGUGUGCCAGUGUUAGACACACUCAUAGAACUUGUCGCAAGAGGCCGAUCUAUCCCAGUACAUCUGAAUUCUUUGCCAAGAUUGGAAUUACUAGUAGCUGAGGUUCAGGCUUGGAAAGAAUGUGCUUCUAAUACAUUCUUGACUGAGAAUUCUCCGUAUUCUCUCUUAGAGGUGCUUUGUCCUCGGUGUGAUAUUGGCUUUUGGGGAUUGAAAAGGAAACAGAGAAAGUUAAAGGAACCCUUGCCAAGUGGAAAGAAGAAAAGCCCCAAAUUAGAGAGCCUGAGUGACCUGGAAAGGGCUUUAACUGAAAGCAAAGAGACUGCUUCAGCGAUGGCAACGCUUGGGGAAGCUCGCCUAAGAGAGAUGGAAGCUUUGCAGUCUCUCAGAUUUGCCAACGAAGGGAAAUUGCUAUCACCUGUCCAAGAUGUAGAGAUGAAAGUCUGCCUAUGUCAGAAGAAUCCAGCGACUCCUAUGAUCCAGUGUGAACUCUGCAGGGAUGCUUUCCACACUAGUUGUGUGGCAGUCCCCAGUAUUUCACAAAGCCCUAGAAUCUGGCUUUGUCCUCACUGUCGGAGGUCAGAGAAACCUCCAUUAGAGAAAAUUCUGCCUCUGCUGGCCUCCCUACAGCGUAUCCGGGUUCGUCUUCCAGAGGGAGAUGCACUUCGCUAUAUGAUUGAAAGAACCGUGAACUGGCAACAUAGAGCUCAGCAACUGCUUUCAUCAGGGAAUCUAAAAUUUGUGCAAGACAGAGUGGGCUCUGGACUGUUGUAUAGCAGAUGGCAGGCCUCAGCAGGUCAGGUGUCAGACACAAACAAGGUGUCACAACCUCCUGGCACAACAUCCUUUUCCUUGCCCGAUGACUGGGACAACAGAACCUCCUACUUACACUCUCCUUUCUCUACUGGACGGAGUUGUAUCCCCCUCCAUGGUAUGAGUCCAGAAGUGAAUGAAUUGUUGAUGGAAGCCCAGUUGCUCCAGGUAUCCCUUCCUGAAAUUCAGGAACUUUAUCAGACUUUACUUGCAAAACCAAGCCCCACUCAGCAAAUUGACCGAAGCUCACCAGUUAGAUCCAGUAGUGAGAAGAAUGACUGCCUUCGAGGAAAGCGAGAUGGAAUCAACAGUCUUGAGAGAAAACUGAAGAGACGCCUGGAAAGAGAAGGCCUUUCCAAUGAGCGGUGGGAUCGAGUUAAAAAAAUGCGGACCCCUCAAAAGAAGAAAAUCAAACUGAGCCACCCCAAGGACAUGAACAAUUUUAAAUUAGAAAGAGAGCGUAGCUAUGACUUAGUCCGUAAUGCCGAAACUCACUCCCUGCCCUCAGACACAUCCUAUUCUGAACAGGAGGACUCUGAGGAUGAAGAUGCCAUCUGUCCAGCUGUGAGCUGCCUGCAGCCAGAAGGAGAUGAGGUGGACUGGGUCCAGUGUGAUGGCAGCUGCAAUCAGUGGUUUCAUCAGGUCUGUGUUGGUGUCUCUCCAGAGAUGGCAGAGAAAGAAGACUACAUCUGUGUGCGCUGUACUGGAAAGGACACACCAAGCCGAAAGUAAAAACAAAACAAACACCCCCACUUCAUGUAAUUCAGGACUCCAACAAAGAAGAUUUCCUCAAAUCUCAGCAAAACUACAGGGCUGGUAUCAAGCCAGCCUGUACACGGUGCUAUUUCUAUUCCUUACGGGAUCAUUUUUCCAGAACUCUUUGAAAAAAAGAAAAAAACAACUAAAAAAAUUUUUGACACUUUUUGUAUUUUUUUCCUUAAGAGCUGUUUGUGGUUGUUCAAGUUUAAAAUGCUGACUGUUUUUUGCAGGGGUCUCUACUGACUUUGAAGGUAUUGGAGUUUGCACCUUUUCAUGUAUGGCAUUAACAUUGUACUUCUGUCUGGGAUAUACCGACUUAAGAGUCCAACUCAGUUUCAGGACCCAGAGGGGGCACCAGAAAUUCCAGUAAACCCUCACUGAGCAAUCUUUCUUGUUUACUCUGUUACCAUACUGGGGAGUUUUAAGUUUUUCACUUUGGGUUUUUUGUUUUUCUUUCUCACCUACUUUUCUUUUUAUUUUCUGGUAAGCUACGUUUAUUUAUCUGAGCAAUAACUUCUAUGUUGGUGUCAGUGGCUGGAAUUAAAACAAAACAAAAAACUUCUGAACAGCGUAUUGGUGCUUUAGCAAUGGUUAAUGUACAGAACGCAAAUGUCUAGUUUCUAGUGUCACUGAUGAACUAGUGAUGUAGAAAAGAGACUGCGCUGUAAGUAAUUGCCACAGCUGUAUUUUGGCUUUCUCCUUGCCCUUUCCUCCCCCCCCCCUUUUUUUUUUUUGGUAGAUUGUAUGAAAUGUUGCAGUUUAUAUUGUGGAAUAAUAAAUCCUUGGUCCUAUUAUAACGUCAGACUACAGCUUCUUCUACCCCUCCACCUCAUGGGCUUACAGAACCAGAAGGGGUUGCUUAUUUUGCUUCUCCCACGCAGGCUGCAGUAGAAGUGUGUUAGCCUGCAGACACAAGGAGAUUUCCUCUUUUGUAGCCUGUUCUUUUAGGUGGGCCUAUACAUACUUCAGGCCCCAUUAAUAAAGAACCACUCAGUCUUCAAUGACUAGAAUGUGACUUUUAAGCCAUGCUCUUUUGAAUAAGCUCUCAGAUUGUUGGAGUGUUCCUUAAAUCACUCCAGUCUCCAUCCAAAUCAAUCCUCCUUGUGGAAACAAUACCGUGAUUGUAUUUGAAUUGACAAGGAAAUCUGUUUGAGGGUUAUGAUGUUGGUUUCAUCCUCAUAGAGUGUCAGUUCUAUUGUAUGGGUUGAGGGAAAACCUGGGAACACCCAGCCCUGCAUUUCUGGGAUUCCUUUCCUGACUCUGUAGAAUUUUGUCCAUCCUCAUAAUUGUAGACAGCCCAUAGCUGUUUCCUGUUCCUCUGUUCUGCAGAGGGGACGACAUCCUGGUGAACACAACAGGCUCUGCUUACUUUGCAUAAUUUGUUGCAAAUAUUUGUUUUCUUCACAUUCAAUAGCCAUAAACUUGAAGGUGGGUAGAACUAGUGGAUCUUUAAUAAAACAUCAAAACACAGUUUGUGAUGUAGCAGAGAUUUAAAUGUACUAUCCCCCUUUAUGCAAUUCAGAUAAUUAAAUCUCUUUAAGAAU